UGUUCUCCAAUUAGUUAUUUAGUUUACUUGCUCUCUGCAAAUCUGAGUCAGAAAAAAAGCAUCCAAGCUCUUCUAUCUAUAAAUAGUUGGGUAUUGCUGUACCUGGUUCUGAAUCUGCGUCACACCGAAAGCGAGGAAGAUGGGUGCUCUAGAUCACUUCUCUCAUCUGUUUGAUUGCUCAAGUGGGGGUCAUCACAAGAAGCGAAAGAAUUUCCAGACGGUGGAGAUUAAGGUGAAGAUGGACUGCGAAGGUUGCGAGAGGAAGGUGAGGAGGUCGGUGGAGGGAAUGAAGGGGGUGUCGCAGGUUGACAUAGACCGGAAAGCGAGCAAGCUGACGGUGGUCGGAUACGUGGAGCCGAAGAAGGUGGUGGCACGCGUGGCGCAUCGGACGGGGAAGAAGGUGGAGAUCUGGCCGUAUGUGCCGUACGAUGUCGUCGACCACCCUUACGCGCAGGGUGUAUACGACAAGAAGGCACCGGCGGGGUACGUGCGAAGUGACCAGCAGAUGUCCGGUGGGUUGGCACGUGCGAGCUCGACGGAAGUGAGGUACACCACCGCUUUCAGCGAUGAAAACCCAGCUGCCUGCACUGUCAUGUGACUUGUCACUAGAGGCCCAAAUGUCAUGUGUUUCAUUUUUAGUCUCUUGUUGGAAAAUGGUGAUGUAAUUUGUGUGAUGCACAUUUUUCAUAUUUGUUUCCUCUAUUUUUAUUUUAGGGUUCUUAUGAAAAAAGGAGAAAAAACAAAUCUAUAUGAAAUGGGGCUUGUUUUUUCAUUUGGUUUGUAGAUGAAAAUGUAGUGGAGUAAUUCGUUAUUUUACUUGUUGAAUGUU